AUAGAACUUUCAUAAGUAGCAUUUCAGUACUUUAACAUGUCUUAAGGUGUUUUCGGACUGCUUCACUGGUAAAGGUUGUUGAUAAUUGAAAGAUUUGGUGACACAUUUGGGUUUGAACGUCCCAGCAGCAGAAGAUCGUAAUGUGAUGUCCCUAAGGUGUACUUUUAUGUUUUCUAUAUAUGGAAUCGUGCCAGCGUGGGACUGCAUGUGUUGAAUCAUUAAAAGACGGUGCACUACGCAUGAAGACACAGCCAACUCUUCCACCGGACAGGGAUGCACGCAUCUGACAUGGGGAACGGGGCAAAGACAGACGGCGGGCAAGAGAGCCGGUCGGAGGACGGCGCUGUGUAUCUGAGAAGGAGGAUUGACCUGGCGACCAGCACCUCACUCGUCCUCGGCACAGUGGUGGGCAGCGGCAUCUUCAUCGCGCCUAAGGGGGUGCUGGAGAACAGCGGCAGUGUGGGGGUCUCCCUGCUGGUCUGGGCACUGUGUGGAGUGCUCUCCAUGGCCGGUGCUCUAUGCUUCGCAGAGCUGGGGACGACCUUUAGGAAGUCUGGAGGCCAAUAUGUCUACCUGCAGGAGACUCUGGGCCCUCUGCCUGCAUUCCUCUGCCUUUGGGUUGAAUUCAUUGUAAUCAGACCAGCCACAGUCUCUGUGGUGUCCCUGGCCUAUGGCCGCUAUGUGAUAGAGCCCUUCUUUACCCCCUGUGCCACCCCCGAGGUCCUGGUUAAGCUGGUCAGUCUUCUGGCCAUGUCCAUUGUGGUGGCAGUUAACUGCUGGAGUGUGAAACUGACCUCCAACAUGCAGGUCACACUCACCUUCAUCAAAGUGUUCGCCCUCAUCCUCAUCAUUGUCCCUGGCAUCAUGGCGCUGGCCAGAGGAGAAGUUAAGAACUUCGACAAUGCCUUUGACUCUGAUUCCUUAACACUGACCAAACUCCCACUGGCAUUCUACGCUGGACUCUACGCCUAUGGUGGAUGGUUUAAUUUGAACUGUGUCACAGAAGAGAUCAUCAAUCCCAACAGAAACAUCCCACUGUCGAUCGUUAUCUCCAUGGUAACAGUAACUGUGUGCUAUGUGCUGGUUAAUGUGUCAUACUACACGGUGAUGACCUCGGCUGAGCUACUGGCAUCGGGUGCUGUAGCUAUGACGUUUGCCCACCGCACUCUGCAGAGCAUAGCAUCCAUCAUCCCCAUGCUGGUGGCCAUGUCCUGCCUGGGGUCCCUCAAUGGAAAUAUCUUCACAACAACCCUGGGAUUGCUCAUACACCGUUACAGGUUUCCCCUCCACUCCAGACCCUUCAAGGUGCCGGUAGCCAUUACUAUCAGCUUCACAGCAGUAUGUUUUUUCAUUGUGGGCCUGUCCCUGUACUCAGACCCCUGGAACACUGGGAGCAGCUGUGCAGUCACACUGUCAGGCGUGCCAGUGUACUACCUCACUGUGCACCAGCAGCGCUUACCUGUCCGCUGGAGAAAUGCUUUCCAAUCAUGCACCAAGCAUCUUCAGAUCCUAAUGGAGGUAAUUCAGGAGGAAGUCAAAAUGUACUGAAGCCCUCAGAUACUUGUAACUGACUUUGGAGACCUUUAGCUCAAUGAUAAAAGUGACAUAUUAUAGGCCGAGUACAUAACUUUAAUGAAGUCGUUAUUGUAAAGUAUCUACAACAGACACCAUUUUCAUUGCUGUCAAUGUCACGAUAAGUGCUAUUUGUAAAACUGUUAAUGUUAAAUACCAUUCGGCAUCCUCAUAACUUUGAAUAUACAUUAUCUGUGAUGCUGGUGCUGCAAUCUGUCGGCAGAGGCAGGGAGCAGCCUGGAUGGAACAUACACACAACCACACACACCAGGCAAAUUAGAGAUACGCAUUUAACUGCGUGGCUUUGCACUGGACGAGGAAAGUAACCUGGGCAGAACAUCCAAUCAGAACUGGAGAAGGAUUCAAACCCCCUAGCUGGGAGGCACUAGGCAGCGGUGCCACCCAGUCAUUAAUCAUAAUUACAAAUUAUGCCAUCACC